GGGAAGCUUCAGCGUAUAUUUGCAUUGAUUCAUCAUAUCCUUAAGCUAAUGGGAAAAAAAUAAAAAAAAUAAGAAGAAAAAGGAAAAGAAAAAAAAGUAAAGCAUGGUUACUCGCCGGUUCAGUUCUUCCUUCAAUGCCCUCUUAAGUCUUAACUACGCUUCUUCGUGUGAACAUAUCGGAUCUAGGGGUUGAGUUGAAGUAAAAAAGCUCUUUGAUUUUGGUCAAGGUCACUUCACUUGGUGCUGAAGAAUUGAUACCCGUUGUAUUUAGUUUUUUAUUCAGAAGUGUGUACUUUAAGAUUGGAAUAUUCAGUAGUUGAAAUUGUUGUGAAGUGAAGCAGCUUCUGUAAUUUGGAGUCGGUGUUUUUUGUUGUUUUGAACCAAGAAGAUGCAGAGGGCACCGCCGGAGGACUUUUUGUUGAAGGAGACAAAGCCCCACCUCGGAGGUGGGAAGGUCUCCGGCGACAAGCUUACCAGCACCUAUGAUCUUGUUGAGCAAAUGCAGUACCUUUAUGUGAGGGUUUCAAAGGCGAAAGACUUGCCUGCUAAGGAUCUCACUGGCAGUUGUGACCCUUAUGUAGAAGUCAGGCUGGGAAAUUACAAAGGUACCACCCGGCAUUUCGAGAAGAAGACUAAUCCCGAAUGGAACCAGGUCUUCGCCUUCUCGAAAGACCGGAUUCAGGCUUCGACGCUGGAGGUUACUGUGAAGGAUAAGGAUGUGGUGAAGGAUGACUUCAUUGGUCGCGUCUGGUUUGACCUCAAUGAGAUACCCAAGAGGGUUCCUCCAGAUAGCCCUCUUGCGCCGCAGUGGUAUAGGCUAGAGGACAAAAAUGGCAACAAGGCGAAGGGCGAGCUAAUGUUGGCUGUUUGGAUGGGUACUCAAGCUGAUGAAGCAUUUCCUGAAGCAUGGCAUUCGGAUGCAGCCACCGUUAGUGGAGCCGAUGCUCUUGCAAACAUUCGAUCGAAAGUGUAUCUGUCUCCUAAGCUUUGGUAUUUGAGGGUUAAUUUGAUAGAGGCACAAGACUUGCAGCCGAGCGACAAGGGUAGAUACCCUGAAGUUUUUGUGAAGGCAAUUCUGGGAAAUCAGGCAUUGAGGACUAGGAUCUCCCAGAGCAGAACUAUCAAUCCAAUGUGGAAUGAGGAUUUGAUGUUUGUGGCCGCAGAACCAUUUGAGGAGCCACUGAUUUUGAGUGUGGAAGACAGAGUUGCCCCUAACAAAGAGGAAGUAUUGGGGAGGUGUAUGAUUCCAUUACAGAUGGUAGACAGGAGAUUCGAUCACAAACCGGUGAACACUAGGUGGGUUAAUCUCGAAAAACAUGUCGUAAUCAUGGAAGGGGACAAGAAGAAGGAAAUCAAGUUUGCAAGCAGGCUUCAUGUGAGGAUCUGCCUAGAAGGUGGUUAUCAUGUUUUGGAUGAAUCAACUCACUACAGCAGUGACCUUCGUCCAACAGCGAAACAACUAUGGAAAUCCAGUAUUGGAGUUCUCGAAUUGGGGAUAUUAAAUGCUCAGGGUUUGAUGCCAAUGAAAACGAAAGAUGGUAGGGGGACGACGGAUUCAUAUUGUGUAGCAAAAUAUGGGCAAAAGUGGGUGCGGACGAGGACAAUCAUCGAUAGCUUUGCACCGAGAUGGAACGAGCAAUAUACUUGGGAGGUUUUUGAUCCUUGCACUGUCAUUACAAUUGGUGUCUUUGAUAACUGUCACUUGCAUGGUGGUGAUAAGGGUGGAGGGGCAAGAGAUUCAAGGAUCGGAAAGGUAAGGAUUCGUCUUUCCACCCUCGAGACUGAUCGUGUGUAUACGCAUUCGUAUCCUCUUCUAGUUCUUUACCCGAAUGGGGUGAAGAAAAUGGGUGAAAUUCACUUGGCUGUGAGGUUUACUUGUUCCUCUUUGCUUAACAUGAUGCACAUGUAUUCACAACCACUGCUUCCUAAGAUGCAUUACAUUCACCCCUUGACUGUCAGCCAGCUCGACAGUUUGAGGCAUCAAGCUACUCAGAUUGUUUCGAUGAGGCUUAGUCGUGCCGAGCCACCGUUGAGAAAGGAGAUAGUGGAAUACAUGUUGGAUGUUGGUUCCCACAUGUGGAGUAUGAGAAGAAGCAAGGCAAACUUUUUCAGGAUCAUGGGAGUUUUGAGUGGAUUGAUUGCUGUGGGAAAAUGGUUUGAUCAGAUUUGCAAUUGGAAAAACCCCAUCACAACGGUUCUGAUACAUAUCUUGUUUAUCAUAUUGGUUAUGUACCCUGAGCUUAUCUUACCCACCAUAUUCCUUUACCUCUUCUUGAUCGGAGUUUGGUACUAUAGAUGGCGGCCGAGGCAUCCUCCUCACAUGGACACCCGUCUCUCUCACGCAGAUUCGGCUCACCCCGACGAACUAGAUGAAGAAUUCGACACUUUCCCGACCACCAAGCCUUCUGACAUUGUGAGGAUGCGAUAUGAUCGGCUCCGAAGUAUUGCUGGGAGGAUACAGACUGUUGUUGGUGACCUGGCGACUCAAGGGGAAAGGCUGCAGUCUUUGCUCAGCUGGAGAGAUCCAAGAGCAACCGCGCUUUUUGUCAUUUUCUGUCUUGUCGCUGCCAUUGUACUGUAUGUCACGCCAUUCCAAGUUGUCGCCCUCCUGGCUGGAAUUUAUGUCUUGCGACAUCCAAGGUUCCGCCACAAGCUUCCGUCCGUGCCGCUCAAUUUCUUCAGGAGACUGCCUGCAAGAACCGACUGCAUGCUUUGAGUCGCCGGAACUCUGGAAAACAAAUAGAUUUUUCCUUAACUUCCAUUGUUCAGAACUUGAAUUUGGUGUCUGGUUUGAUUAAUGCUUAUGUGGCUUUGUUCUGUAGGCAAGAGUAGAUUUUUGUGGAUUUGGCGCAGUUCAUUGUGUCAUAGGAAUUUUCUGUUUUGAAUUUUUGUUGGUUUAAUGUGUAAUUUUGUAGUAGGUUGUUGUGAGUUGAAAUGAUUGUGCUGAAUCAAUAUUCCAUUUUUAUUCAGAUGACGGAGUCAUUUUCCUCAAUGGAAGUUGAACUUACUCA